AUGAGUCAGUUCUCUCCUUGCAUACGUCAAUAUCGAGUCAAACAAGCACAUGCACCAAAAUUGUUAUCAGUAAGUUCAGUUUUUCCUCUCCCAUUUUUUCUCACGACCCGUCUUGUUCUACUUCCAGCUUUAUCGAUUUUUGUGUAUUGAAUUGAAUGAUUUGAUGAAUGGGUGCCAAGCAUUCAGCACACGAUCAUAAUAAACAACAGAAGCCGCCAAAAACUGGAAAACAAGCAGUUUUUCACGAUGAUAAUAAUGAGGCGAUUUUUAAACCCAAUUUUGGACUAGGAUGUGAGUUUUUUUCUAUUUUUUGCAAAAAGGGGAAAUCAAAUUAAUUCAGCUCACCAUCGGGCGCCAUCAAUUCGACCGGCUCCAAAAGUUCCGGCUGUCCCGAUUUCUCCACCACCCGCCACAACACCACUACCCUCUUCAACCCCGCAAAAUCAUCUAUUGCCUGUGCCAUUUCAAACUGAGCCCCAGUCCCAGCCACAUCCGAAAACCUCUCGAUCAUUAAGCAAUUUCGAUCCACCGCCACCAACUCCACCUCGACACCAUUCAAAACCGCCGCCAAUUCCCGAACAUUCGUCCACCAAACUGAACAGAAGUAAUGGAAUCAAAGGGACGAAGAGUUUGCCGAUUUUACCGCCAGAAACGAGCACGAAACCUGCAUCGCCGAAAUUAAGUGCGGGAUCAGGGGGAGAGCAUAAUUUUUUGAAUGAGCGUCCACUUUUUAUUGCGAAACAUCGAUUUGUGGCGAAAUCGAGGAAAGAAGUUAGCUUGGAAGAGGGAGAUUUGGUGUAUUUGCUGAAUCCAAUGAAAGGGUACGUUUUUUGUGGGCGUGGUUUGAUUGCAACCGCCGCACACAUUUUUCAAACUUUAUGAAAACUUAAAAAUUCAGGGAUUGGUGGUAUGUUGAAACAAAAAGCGGAUUUCAAGGAUUUGUGCCAACAACUCAUGUAAAAAGAGUUGAGGUUCGAGAACCUUGGUAUGCUGGAAAUAUUUCACGAAUCACUGCUGAAAGACGAAUCAUGCAGCCGAAUCUCCCGAUCGGAACAUUUUUGAUUCGCGAAAAAGAAUUGAAUCGAUUGGUUUUGACGGUGAAAAAUUCGGAGGAUUCAUUGAGCAGUUAUAUGAUUUAUAAAAAUGAGCAUGAGAGUGGAUAUUAUAUGAAAGAUGAUAAUGAUGAGGUUUCGAUCACAUUUUUCUCGCUUCAACAAAUUGUUGAUGUUUUUUCGAGUGGGUUUUUUGGGUUUAUUUUAUUAUUCUAGAAAAAUCGGGAACGUUUCUGAAAUAUUUAAUUACAAUUUUUUUGAAACAGUAAAAUGUUUUAUUUGAAAAAAAAGAUAAAUUUAGACUUUUCAUAAGUUUUAAAAUAAUUUUUGGAAAGCUCUGGAUUAAAAAAAUUAAAAUUGUAAAAUAAUUGUAGUUUCCAGUUGAAAAUAAGGCUCCGAAAAUCCAUAUUUUACAAAUUUUGAAUGCAUUAUUAUACCAUCGAUAUUCUAGAAUCAAAAUAAUUUUUUGAAAAAUUAUGUUAUCGUAAUUUUGAAACAGUUAAUUUUUUUUUUAAUUUUUUAAAAGAAAAUUUGAGAGCCUAAAUUUUUGAAGUUUGAAAUCCACGCGGAACAUUUUCAUCCCGACAGAAUGAAAAAAACUAUUGAAAUUUGAUUUUCAAAAAAGCUGUACUGAUGUGACAAUAGUAUUUUUCUUCUCUGAAAAAAUAUACUUUUUUUUCAGAACCCGGUGACAUUCAACUUUGCACACUUCUCAAAUCACCAGCUCCACCUCUCGACACAAGACAAGACGACAAUUAUUCGAUCAUGACAAAAUGGGAGAUCAGUCGAGAUGCGUUGAAAAUUUGGGAGAAAAUUGGAGAGGGUCAAUUUGGAGAAGUGAAUCGAGCAACAUGGAAAAAUAUCGAUGUGGCGGUGAAGAAAAUGAAGAGCGAUAAUGAUGAUCCGGAUGAAUAUAAACAGUUUGUAGAGUGAGUGCGGGUUAAGAUCUAAAUUAAAAAUUUCCAAUUAUUUUUCAGCGAAGCCAGAAUAUUGACAAAUUUAGCGCAUCCAAAUCUAAUUCGAUUAUUAGCUGUUUGCACCAAAAAAACACCAUAUUAUAUAAUAACAGAAUAUAUGAGAAAUGGAAGUUUAUUGGCAUUUUUGCAAAAGGAUUUAUCGAUCAAUAAAUUGAAUACGGAAUCUGCAAUGAAUAUUGCAGCACAAAUCGCAGCCGGAAUGCAAUAUUUAGUCGAUAAUAAUAUUGUGCAUCGAGAUUUGGCUGCUCGAAAUGUGCUUGUUGGUGAUUUUUCAGUUGAUCAUAUUCCGCAUGUGAAAAUUGCGGAUUUCGGUUUGGCGAGGAAGGUUGAUUUGGAAGAUCCGAAAUAUGAUAUGAAAACGGAUUUGCCGGUUGCUGUGAAAUGGAUGGCACCGGAAGUGUAUGAGACGCAGAGUUUUAAGUGGGUUUGGGGGGGGGGGGGGUUUUAAAUAAAUAUAGCAUUCAAUUUUUUCAGUCAAAUGACGGAUGUUUGGUCUUUUGGAAUUUUGAUUUGGGAAAUCGGAUCACUUGGAGAAAAACCCUAUAAAGGUAACUCUCUUUUCACAACUGAUCAGCAAAAAAAUUCCAUUUUUUCAGAAUGGUCAGCAGAAUACACAAUGCAACGAGUUAGAGAAAACUACAAAUUACCCGCACCAAAAGCCGUUCCAAAAUAUGUAUAUGAUGAAGUUUUUCUGGCUUGCGUCGAUCUAGUUCCCGAAAAUCGACCGAGUUUCAGUCAACUUUUUCAAUAUUUCGACGAUUUCACACAUAUUGCACCAAUUGAACGAUCUCGAAUCAGACUGUCAAGAAUGAAUUCACCUUUUUGA